AUGACAGCAUUAGGAGGACCAACACCACCAUUAUUAAAAAAUCAGGCAGAGGAAGAAGAAGAAGAUCAAUUUCAAGAUGCAACGGAUACUUUACCUGAAGAAGAAAAAAAUAAAUUCGAUUUUUUUGAAGAAAAUUUUGAGGGAGGGGGAAGUGAAGGAAAUGGAGGGGGAGGUGGAGGGGGAUGGUCAGAAAAAUCGUCUUCUUUUUGUUUUGAUGAAGAAGAAAUUGAAAUGGUUAAUAAAGGAGGAAAUGUUGUUGCUAAUAAUUCAACAAAAAAUAAAUUAAAUGAAGUUGUUGGUAAUUCUUCUUUAAAAAGUCAAAAUAAUAAUUUGGAUUUGUCUAAAUGUAAAAUUAUUUUGCCUGUAAACUUCAACGAGCCCCUUUCAAUGUUACAAAGAAUAACCGAAGAUUUGGAAUAUUCUUAUUUGUUGGAUAGAGCUUCAGAAAAAUUGGAUAUAUCAGAAAGACUUGCAUAUACAGCAGCAUUUGCAAUUAGUGUUUAUUCAGCUACAGCUAAAAGAACAACAAAACCUUUUAAUCCUUUGUUGGGGGAAACUUUUGAAUUUGACAGAAGGGCAGAUUUGGGUUGGAGGUCUUUAACUGAACAAGUAGGUUUUAUUGGAGAAAUAGGAGGGAAAACAAAUUUUUUGAACAAGAGAUGUCAUUUGGGGAAUCGUUUUUAA